CGAAGCCGCAAAAAUGGGUGGUGUCACCGUUCGCGAUGUGGACGCGCAAAAGUUCAUCUCCGCUUACUCUGCGUUCUUGAAGCGUCAGGGAAAGCUCCCCAUCCCCGGAUGGGUCGACACCGUUAAGACCUCUGCCUCGAACGAGCUCCCUCCCCAGGAUGCCGACUGGUACUACGUCCGCGCUGCCGCCGUCGCCCGUCACAUCUACAUGCGCAAGACCAUCGGUGUCGGUCGUCUCCGCCGAGUCCACGGCUCUACCAAGAACCGUGGCUCCCGCCCCGCCCACCACGUCGAUGCCUCCGGCUCCGUCGACCGCAAAGUCAUGCAGUCCCUCGAGAAGAUCGGUGUCCUUGAGGUCGAUGAGGACAAGGGUGGCCGCCGCAUCACCCAGAGUGGCCAGCGGGAUCUGGACCGUAUCGCCAAGACCACCGUUGACGAGGAGGAGGAGGAUGACGAGUAAACUAGGCAAAUCAUAAUAGUUUGCUAAAAUUCUGUCAUCGUCUUUUUUU